CUCCAGAAUCUGGUGUAGGGACAGUAUGGUGGGUUUGUUUUAUCUUUUUUUUAAUUAUAUUUUGAACAAUUAUUUAAAUUUGUACUCAAUACUAACGUUAUAUGUAAUGAAAACAAUAGGCUUCUUGCAACUUUGGGCUCAAAAUCAAAUCAUAGAAAGAUGCCCAAAAGGGAAAUCAUGUCUGUCUCAAUUCCAAAAGCGUGUAGCGCUGUUACCGAUUUAAACCCGAAGAUUGCAUUAAGAUUAUCCUCAAAUUUAUUAUAUGGAAUGACUUUGUUAUAUAAACAAAAACUCCGAUACUUUUACAAUGAAGUAAGUCACAUUAGAUCAAACUUGACCAAGUCCUUAUUCGGAAGUACGUCGAAGGAGCAAUUAUCAAAAUUGGGAAAAAUCCAAUUAAUUUUACCUGAUGGCUAUUUGAAUGAUCAUUUAUUGAGGGAUAUUAAUAAUGAUCAUAAUAGUAAUGAUUUCGGUGCGGCUAAACAUAAGCAGUUGCUUUCCUAUUAUAAUAAUUUGUUCUUAAGAGAUGAUCCAAAUUUUGAUAUUGAUUUAGGGUUGUUGCCGGUUGUUUCUUCGGAUGUAUUUAUAAAUGGUGGAUAUGGUAUUGAGAAUAUCGAUAAUUUUCCAGACUAUGCUAAUUUUUCUGAUCAUAAAUUAUCGUAUUCCAACAUGGUUUCAAAUUCCAAGGAUAAAGUUGUCAGUGAGUAUGAGUUGAUUAAAUUGAAAAGAAAGCAAUUGAUUAAUCAAUAUGAUAACAAUAUAAACAAUUUAAAUAAUAUUUCAGUUAUUUUAUCUCCUUUACAUAACUCUUUUGUUUCGGCGGAUAAUUCAGUUUUCUCAAGAAACAAUUAUAAUAACUCUACGAUUAUUUCGUUUCCUGAAAUGAAUAUUGAUAUUAAUAAUGAAUUUGACGAUUUAAAUAAUGUUCUUCCAACUUUAAAUGAACAUCCUGAAGAUUUGGAUUUAGAUUUGGGUAAUUUGAAUGAUGAAGAUUUAAUUUUAAAUUUUAAUACUCAAUCUCAAGAGCGAGAUUUAAACAAGGAGGAGGAUAUUGAUGAAACACCAUCAAAAAGAAAUAAUUUGCCUUGGAAUAAUAACUUGGAUAUUGAAUUUGAUCAAAACCAUGAUUUCGAUUUAAAUAUAGAUUUUGGGUUAAAUUACGAUGAUAUUCAAAUGUUGGAACAAAUCAAUAAUGAUAAAAACGAUAAAAAAGAUAAUAAUGAUAAUAAUAAUAAUAAUAAUGAAUUAUUAAAUAUUGAUUUUGAACCACCAAAGAAGAAACGGAAAGUUGAUGAGUCUUUACAAAUUAAAUCAAUUCAGUUUGAUGAAAGCACAACUUUAUCAUCUUCAGUUCUUAAAUCAUUUCGUAACUCAUAUAUCGAUGAUAUGAAAAUUUUGGAAACUAAAAGACAGUUUUCAAAAUCUAAAUUCGAUAAAUUGAAAAUCCAAUUUCAAGAUUUAGUCUAUAAUCAAGCACUAAAUGCACCAAGAUUUGCAAACUUUUCAAUGAAACUUCUAGUUGGAGAAGACAUUAAAAAUGUUAUCACAAAGGAUUUUUUACCAAGAAUAAAAUCCGAUCAAUCAUCAAUUAAUGCCCAAAAGUUCGGUGAUGAGAAUAAUGCAAAUGAUGAAAACUCCAGGACCAAGCAACGUUCAUCAAGUAUUGAAAUUGGUAGAAAUAUUGCACAUAUCCAUUCAAGGACAAAUUCAAAUGAGGCCUUGGAUUUCGAUAUUCCCAAAAAUUAUGAUGAAAAUGAUCAAUUUAAUUUGGAUAUUGGCUUUAAUUUUCCUGAAUUUGAAGAGCAAGCCCAACAAAUGGAUUUCAUGAACGCUUUUGAUUUAUCUUUCCCAGAUUUAGAUCAAAAUCAAAACGAUAACAGCAGAAAAUCUAUAGCAAGUAGCAAUUUUAGAACACCGACCAAAAAAACAAAAAAUUCACUUUCAUCAACUGAUUCAAGAGGAAGAGCCAAGAGCCAAAGAACCCCAUACACAAUGAAGAGUGGUUCAAAAUCCAGAUCACGAUCAGGCAGCCGAAGUGGGAGUUUGUUGACAUUGUAUGAAGAACAAUUUUCGCUCACUCCCAGCGCUCCAGUUCUUCCAACGCAAAAGCUAGCAGAGCUAGAUGCUCAGGGCAAAAAGUUUUUGAAUUAUGUGAAAGCAAAGGCAUCUCAAUUGGCGAUGCAUGAACAGUCAGAUGUUGCCCAAUUCGGAAAGGCCAAGAUGACCUUUGAGCAGUUGGUGCCUUCCAACAGUCACAGAGCGACGCCCCAGCAGCAGAAACAGGAACACAAACUGAUCAACAGCAAAAUGGCAGCCCUCGCGUUCUCCAGCCUAUUGCAAUUGGCCUCUCGGUCAAUUGUCAGCAUCCAGGUGCAGUCCAGGCCCACACACAGGAAGUUCCAGGCUACCAGACCCCAUGAGAUUUCCAUACUCGUUGAUGUUUAGUCUACAACCCAUCAAAGGUCCCAAAGCCGUUUUGUGUUUUGGCUUUUUUCUUCUUUCUGCUCAAAACAAGACUCUUCCAAUCCUCAGCUGUUUCCUCACCACUGGAAUUGUAUGCAUCCAUAUGUUCUUGUUCAUGUCGCUCUCUUUUCUGCUCUCUUUUCUCGAUUUUCCUUUGCUUUUGCUCGUGUUUUUCCUUUUGUGUUGACCAGGCCUUGUUCAGUUUUCUUUUCAUGGCCUUUCGCUUGUUUUUUUCUCGGACGUUGCUCAGGUUCUGCAACUCCCUCAACCUGGCUUUUUCUCUUUGCAGAUCACUGUAGGCGUACGUUUCAAGGUCGACCCUGGGCGAAAUGAGCCAGCCCUCGUUGGCCUCCACAAGCUGCUCACGCGAAAUGUGCCUGGUUUCCG